ACCCAAAUUCUCUCUCAACCGAUAAUUGGAUCCGAACCCUUAUCAGAAACCCAACCCUAAACCCACCGAAUCACCCGAUCGGAUUCCGUCAUCGGAGCUCUUCUGCAAAAUCUAGACUUUGGUUCUCUGAAGCCUAUGCAAUGGAAGUCUUGAAUGAAUCAACUACGAAGAAGCCAAAGAGGCUGACUUCUGUUGUAUGGGAGCACUUUGAAAAGGUCAGAAAGGCUGACAUAUGGUAUGCCAUAUGUGUGCACUGUCACAAGAAACUCAGUGGAUCAAGUAAUAGUGGAACUACUCAUCUGAGAAAUCACUUGUUGCGCUGCUUGAAGAAAUCUGAAUCUGGCUAUGAUGUUUCUCAACUACUCACAGCAAAGAAAAGGAAAAAGGAGAACACUUUGAGCAUUGAAAAUAUUAGUUUUGAUGAAGGGCGAAAAAAAGAUGAGUAUAUUAAGCCUGCAAUUAUAAAUUAUGAGCCUGAGCCAAGGAAAGAUGAAGUUUUCAACCUUGGAAAUGGUAGAUUCGAUCAAGAGAGAAGUCAGCAAGAUCUUGUUCGCAUGAUUAUAUUACAUGGUUACCCCUUGGCCAUGGUUGAUCAUGUAGGAUUCAAAGUAUUUGUUAAGAAUCUCCAGCCUUUAUUUGAUGUUGUGCCAAAUAGUACUGUUGAGUUUUCUUGUAUGGAGAUUUAUGAAAAGGAGAAGAUAAAGGUAUAUGAGAUGUUAAGUAAAUUGCAUGGGAGAAUUAACCUUGCUGUUGAAAUGUGGUCUUCACCUGAAAAUGCUGAGCACUUGUGUUUUACUGCACACUAUAUUGAUGAUGAUUGGAAACUACAAAAGAAGAUCCUGAAUUUUGUGACCCUUGAUUCUUCGCAUACUGAAGACAUGCUUUCAGAAGUGAUUAUUAAGUGUCUGAUGGAGUGGGAUAUAGAAUGUAAAUUGUUUGCCAUGACAUUUGAUGAGUGCUCCAUAGAUGAUGACAUUGUCCUUAGAAUAAAAGACCGCAUUUCUCAGAACAGGCCUCGUUUGAGUAAUGGUCAACUGCUAGACGUGCGCUCAUCUGCUCAUGUUCUUAAUUCAAUUGUUCAAGAUGCCAUGGAAGCUCUGAAAGUGGUGAUCCAAAAGAUUAGAGGAAGUAUCAGAUAUGUUAAGAGUUCACAAUCAAUACAAGGGAAGUUUAAUGAGAUUGCCCAGCAGGCUGGACUCAAUAGUCAGAAGAUUCUAGCUCUUGAUUGUCCACUCCGAUGGAAUACAACAUUUUUCAUGCUUGAGACAGCUUUAGAAUACAGGAGUAUAUUUUAUCAGUUACCUGAGCUUGAUCCUGAAUUGGUUAUGAGCAAUGAAGAGUGGGAAUGGGUGAGUUCCAUUACUCGCUAUUUGAAACUUUUUGUUGAAAUUAUCAAUGUCUUUUCGAGCAACAGGUCUCCAACUGCUAACAUAUAUUUUGCUGAGAUUUGUGAUGUUCACAUCCAAUUGAUUGAAUGGUGCAAAACGCCAGAUAAUUUUCUUAGUUCUGUGGCUGCAAAGAUGAAAACUAAGUUUGACAAAUAUUGGAGCAAGUGCAGUUUGGCUUUGGCAGUUGCAGCUAUCUUGGAUCCCCGAUUCAAGAUGAAGUUGGUGGAGUAUUAUUUUUCCCAGAUUUAUGGGAGUACUGCCCUUGACCGAAUCAAAGAAGUUUCUGACGGACUCAAGGAACUUUUUAAUGCAUACUCAAUUUGUUCAACUUUGAUUGAUCAGGGUUCAGCCUUACCUGGAAGCAGCUUACCCAGUACCAGUAGUGAUGGUAGAGAUAGACUAAAGGGCUUCGACAAAUUCCUCCAUGAGACUUCACAAAGCCAAAGUUCAAUAUCGGACCUGGAAAAAUACUUAGAGGAGCCAGUCUUUCCUCGUAAUUGUGAUUUCAACAUAUUGAAUUGGUGGAGAGUUCACACACCAAGGUAUCCUAUCUUGUCCAUGAUGGCACGAGAUGUUCUUGGAACUCCCAUGUCAACCCUUGCACAAGAGUCAGCAUUUAAUGCUGGAGGUAGAGUGCUUGACAGUUGUAGAAGUUUUCUAAACCCAGUUACUCAACAGGCUUUGAUGUGUGCUCAAGAUUGGCUGCGAAUACAACCAGAUGACCUCAACCCAUCUUCAAGUCAUCAUCCUUUAUCUGUUAGUGUUGAAGCAAACUAAUUUGUCCAUAUGGACCUGAGUCAGCUGAUGCAAAGAUGUUGAUUAUCAUCUUCAAUAAGGUCUUGCUAUCUAAUUGGUGCUAGUGAGGUGCUAGUGAUAGUAGAUGAACCGCUAUUUUCAUGUAUAUAUUUCAUUGUGGAUCACUUGCUAAUUCUUUACGCUUUAAGCCUAAGCGUAUGUUUAUGGUGUGACGGUUAUUGAAGUUAACAACAGGAUGGCAUAUAAUGCUCUUUACCAGCAUGAUGGAGUUCAUGUGGAAGAAAUUUCGUAUUUAUUUACUUUUAGUUAGGUUGUGCAUGGUGGAAGAGAAAAGUUGGUAAGCCAAGAUUUUUCUACAGUUCUAAUUUAUGAAAUAUUAAAGUGCCCAAAUUUUA